CCUAUAAAAGAGGUCUUGUUAAUCGUAAUGGUAGCACAGUUUCUUUAGCGAUCCACUCCAACUACUUCCAAGCCAACCACAAGCACAAUGUCUGCCAUCAAAAUGUUGGUUCUCUUCGCCGGCUUGAUCGCCGUCUGCUCGGCUGGUUUGUUGCCCGCGGCGUACACGGCACCGAUCCCAGCGGCCCUGACAGUCGGAACUUAUGCUAGCAGCUACAACGCACACGCGAUCAAUCAUGCGAUAGCUGCACCAUACAUCGCUAGCCCCGUGGUCGCUCAUGCCGCUGCCCCGGUCGCCCAUGUCGCCUACCCUGGCCUGUCAGCCGCCUAUGCCAGCCUACCUGCCGCCUAUUCGGGAGUACCAGUCUUCGCAGGCAGACGCUGAAACCUGUACUCAUUCUACCACUCGAGGACGAUCGUCGACAAACAUCCGGCUACGUUCAAACACCUCAGCUACGAAACAAUCGAUUAACCUUCGAUUGUAUCUUUUCUUCUCCGAGCCUGGUCACCUUCUGCGAUGGCCAUUAAACAUCUGAAGCACCAUCGAAUACAACGUCUUAUGGUGUUCGCGUCAUCGUCCUCGACGUGUUCCUCUUUCUCUACAAAAUUAAUCGGCGAUUCUGUUAGUCUUAAAUCUACGCAAAAAUAAAAAAUUAUUCGUCUUACCUAUACAGUAUCUUGUCAUUUCUGUGCACGUUACCCUGUCUACUUAAUAAAUAAAAAGAGAAAUGAAAGAAACUCUUUUAAAAAGGGAAUCGAACGUAGGCAAAAAGUGUUAGAAAAUG